AUGAAGCUCUCUGGCAUCGUCCUUGGGCUGCUGGCGAUCUCUCAUGAGGUCGCAGCUGUGGUAGACAAAUGGACUCCCGCAGACUUCGAUUGGAACAGGCAUGUUGGUAGGGACGAUGUCGCGACGCAGAACAUGACCACGGCUCGUGUCCCAACCAGAGAGAUGGUGCUCUUCGCCAGCGAUCAGCACAACAUCACCGAGUCCGACCUUGUAACCGCUGCAGGUUUGGUGUCUACCGGAAUAGGUUGCUACGAGCUCAUUGCAGCCACGGUUGGCGGCGAACAGACCACAGGCGCAUCAAAGGCAAGCUGCGUGCUUGGUAUUGCUGCUACUGCCUUGGGCUUCGGACUGCCAAAGGUGAAGGAGUAUCUGCAGGCUAGACAGGCCUGGGCUGCAGCAAGAGUCUCAUCGACCCCACCAUUGCUUCCUGCACCAGACUUCGGUAAUGACUUCGUGCAGAGCUUCGAGUUGGCAGGGUUCGAUGGUCUGACGAAGCGUGAUCUUCCUUUUUGGGGCCGAGCAUUGCAGGGCAGAGGUCUCUCUAUUGAUGAACAAUGGAACCAAUACUUCCACAACGACUUCACGGCUUCAAUGAUCCGCGACUCCAACUUUGGCGAGGGCGAAUUCCUCGGCUACGCAGACGACAACCAUCAGCUCACCAAGAGAGACGGUGUACAUGCUCUCGUGCCGCGCUACAAGUUUGCACACCCCACGCAUGGACCUAUGAUAUUGUCGACGCGCUUCACUAACACCACUUCUCACAUCACGGUCGAGCCAUACAUUGUAGGCAACCCCAAGAUCCACAAGCGAUACCAGGAAGAAUACCAAAAAGAGAUUCUCGAAGACAACAAAUUGCUUGAAGCGCGAUUCGAUCACGAGGCAGCAGACGCCGACCCAGCAGGCGACGGCAUCACAAUCGACCCAGUCAACACUUUCCAAAUGGCAGAAGAUACUCUUCACUGCGCUCUCAGCGGUCGCACAGAUGACGGAUGGCCAUUGGACCAGGUCUUGGAUGUCCAGGCGUACGAUGAUACGAACAAGGCAACGUUUGGCUAUGCUACGCUUGGUGUUUUCAAUAACCAUGAUCAUGAUAACGAACUUGGAGAUCUACAGCCCCAGCCGCCUAUCACCGGUGGCGAGGACUGCUGGGUUGUUGAGAGGGGAUAUUCGGAGGCACAGAGGUUGGUUGUGUGUAGUAGUCGAAGCAUCGAUUGA